UGUGUCUUGGCUGGGCCAUGGAGGCCUCCAGAGCCCGAAGAAGUCCCCUGCAAACGGCCACAGCCCCAGGAUCAGAUACAGCAGGUUGUGCUUAGGGAAAAGACCUGCAUGGCCAGCAGAUUCUCCCCCAGAUUGCUGCUUCCCGAGGCGGAAACAAGCCGCAGCAUGGGCUGGCACCUCCCAAACGCUCAGCAGCGAUGGCUCCUCCCUUGGCAGGUGGCUUCUCCCCCCACCCCUCUGUCCUGUAUAUAAGCUCCCCUUGUAGCACCCUCAGCACAUCACAACCCACGCCAGCAAAGCAGACAGCAAGCUGCACCUCCAGCUCCUGCACCUCUGCUCUUGACCACACUCACCCAGAAGCCUUCAGCAUGGACAGAUGCAGGACUCAGUGCUACGAGUACCCCACCUGCCCAGAUGUUGUGAAAGUUCCUAGAGAGGAGGUUGCCUACGUGGCCUGUACCUACAGGGAGACAUGCAAUGACCAGCCUGACUUCCUGGCCACCGUUGACCUCAACCCCAGGUCUUCAAGCUAUGGCCAGGUGAUCCACCGCCUGCCCAUGCCCAACCUCAAAGACGAGCUGCACUGCUUGGGCUGGAGUGCUGCCUGCAGCUGCUUUGACAGUUCCACAGCAAAAAGGAAGCUGAUCCUCCCCUCUCUGAUCUCCUCCCGCAUUUACGUGGUGGAUGUGGGUUCCCAGUGCCGGGUUCCCAAGAUAAUCAAGAUGAUUGAGCCAGUGGAUGUCUUCUGGAAGUGCAACAAAGGACACUUGGCUACAACCCACAGCCUGCCCAACAGGGAUGUCUUGAUUGCCAACAUGGGGGAUGCAGCUGGCAACGGGAAAGGUGGAUUCAUCGUGCUGGAUGGAGAUACUUUUGAGCUGAAGGGGAACUGGGAAAAUGAGUGUGAGGCUCCCCCAACUGGCUACGACUUCUGGUACCAGCCACGCCACAAUGUGCUCAUCAGCUCUGCUGGAUCUGUCCCAAGACGCGCAGGACGUGGAUUUGAUCCUGACGACUUGAAGAAAGGGGUCUAUGGGCGCCGCCUGAACGUGUGGAACUUGUCCUGCCGCACCCUGACCCAGUGCUUUGACCUGGGGGAGGACUCCAUGCCCUUCAGUGUGAAGUUCCUGCACAACCCCAACGCGGCCGAGGGCUACGUCGCCUGUGCCCUCAGCGGCGUCAUCUACCGCUUCUACAAGUGCGAGAGAGAAAACUGGGCAGUGGAGGAGGUGAUCCGGAUACCAGCCAAGGAUGUGUCAGGAUGGAUUAUGCCCAAGAUGCCAGCCUUCAUCUCUGACCUCAUCAUCUCCACGGAUGACAAGUUCCUGUAUGUCUCCAACUGGCUGCACGGAGACAUCCGCCAGUACGAGCUCUCCAAGAACUGCAAGCCCCGGCUGGUGGGACAGGUCUUUGUGGGAGGCAGCAUCCUCAGAGGAGGACCUGUGACUGUGUGCAGAGAUGAGGAGCUGAAGUGCCAGCCUGAGCCCUUGGUGGUCAAGUGCAAGAGGAUCUAUGGUGGCCCUGCCAAACUACAGCUCAGCCUGGAUGGCAAGAGGCUCUACGUCACCAACUCCUUCUACAGCACAUGGGACAAGCAGUUCUACCCCAACCUGAUCAGGGAAGGCUCUGCCAUGCUGCAGAUUGAUGUGGACACAGAGAAGGGAGGCCUGACUGUGAACAAGAACUUCCUGGUGGAUUUUGGCAAGGAACCCAACGGGCCCUGCCUUGCCCAUGACAUUCGCUUCCCCUCUGGAGAUUCCACUUCUGAAAACGUGGCCUAGGCACCACCUGACAGACUCCCUGCUUCUCCCCCUCCUCUAGUGCAGCCAUUAGGAAAGAGUGUGAGUUAGUUGGCUUUGGGGGUCCCUGUUAGUUGCUGGAGUCUGGAUUUCUGCUACCAUGAGCUGGAGAAGCUCUGGGUGAGGGUAAGGGCUUGGUGCAGCAGACCAGUGAGCAGCGACACACGGCCUCUUUUCAGAGCUGUUCUCAAUGCAGUGAAUCCCUGGGCUUGAUCCUCAGAGGAGGACCCAAGGCAGCUGUCAGACACAGAGAUGUGUAGGACACAAACCACGUGAAGUAUCCAGUUAUUUUCAGUUGCUCAUCCUUAGCCAGGUCCUUGCUGCAGAGCCCUCCCCUGGAGUAAAAGCUCUCUGGGCUCCCUUUCCCCCAUGCUGGGGUCAAUGCGUCGCAGUCGCAGGCAUGGGAAGAGCUUUGUUCUGGAAAGAGGAGCCUGGUCCCUGACACUGGUUUGCUCUGGAGUUCUGCUUUAAACACCAAUAAAACCGCAUUGCAUCA